CAGGAGACUGACCCAGAUGGCUUCCUCACGGGAACUCUUCCACGAGGCAGCCCAGCAGGGGGCCCUAGCCCAGCCCCAGCCCUGGUGGAAGAUCCAGCUAUUCGUGUGGGAGCCAGUGCUGUUCGGAACCUGGGAUGGUGUGUUCACAUCCUGCAUGAUCAACAUUUUUGGGGUUGUCCUUUUCUUGAGGACUGGCUGGCUGGUGGGAAACACAGGUGUGCUCCUGGGCAUGCUGCUGGUGUCUUCUGUCAUCCUCGUGGCCCUCGUCACUGUGCUGUCUGGCAUCGGCCUCACGCAGCAUGGCGGCGUGGGCAGUGGCGGCGUCUAUUCCGUGAUCUCCUCAGUUCUCGGCGGGCAGAUGGGAGGCACCAUUGGGCUGCUCUAUGUGUUUGGACAGUGUGUUGCAGGAGCCAUGUACAUCACCGGCUUUGCUGAAUCCAUCUCCGACCUGCUGGGUCUCAGAAAUAUCGGGGCAGUGCAAGGAAUUUCAGUUGCAGUACUUCUGGCCUUGCUGGGGAUCAACCUAGCAGGUGUCAAAUGGAUAAUCCGCCUCCAGCUUCUGCUGCUGUUCCUGCUGGCUGUGUCCACACUGGACUUUGUAGUGGGCUCUUUCACACACCUGGACCCAAAACACGGUUUUAUUGGCUAUUCCCCCGAACUGCUACAGGACAACACCCUGCCAGACUACAGUCCCGGGGAGUCUUUUUCCACUGUGUUUGGGGUGUUCUUCCCAGCAGCUACUGGAGUCAUGGCCGGCUUCAACAUGGGAGGUGACCUCAGGGAGCCUGCUGCCAGCAUCCCCCUGGGCUCCCUAGCAGCUGUUGGCAUCUCGUGGUUUCUCUACAUCAUCUUCACCUUCUUGCUUGGUGCCACCUGCACCCGUGAGGCCCUUCGCUCUGACUUCCUCAUAGCCCAAAAGGUAUCCUUGGUGGGCUUCCUGUUCCUUUUGGGCUUGUACAUCUCAUCCCUGGCCUCCUGUAUGGGGGGACUCUAUGGGGCCCCCCGGAUCCUGCAGUGCAUUGCCCAGGAGAAAGUGAUUCCUGCACUUGCCGGUCUGGGGCAAGGGAGAGGGCCAAAUAAAACACCUGUAGCAGCCAUCUGCCUGACCAGCGUGGUGACCUUGGCCUUUGUCCUUGUGGGUCAGGUGAAUGUUCUGGCACCUAUCGUCACUGUCAACUUCAUGAUGACAUACAUAGCAGUGGACUACUCUUACUUCUCCCUGUCAAUGGUACCCGAGCCAGGGCUAAGAGAGGACUCAGAACAUCUCCACCGCUCUGAGCAUCUGCUGUUGAAGAAAGCUCCCAGCGAUGUCACUAAGGGCCCUGCCGGAAGCGUCUCUGAGGGCACUCUCCUCGAAUUCAGCAAGGACAUGGAUCAGCUCCUCCAGCUGACCAGACACCUGGAGAGUAACCAGUCCAGGCUGGGAGAGGAUAACAGGACCCCAGACAAUCAGAAGAGGAAAAGCAAGAAGGCCACCAUGCAAACCCUACAAGAAAGCUUCCUCUUGGAUGUCAAGCCCUCUCCUUCCUUCCCUUUGGAAAGCUCUAAUGGGUUGCACUCUGUCUCUUGGGAAGGGCCGGAGCCUCACCCAAACAAGCAAACUCCCAAGAGUGUAGGAACGCGUCCUGAAGGAGCACCAGGCCAGCAGCCUGAGCCUGAGCUGUGCAGCCAGCCCAGGCCAAGGGGAGAAGAUUUCUUCCUGAAAUCCAGACUUCAGGAACAAGAGAUCCAGAGGAGAUCAACUUCUUUCUACACUAGAAUAUGCAACCCCUGGGUCUCUCUGUUAGGGGCUGUUGGGUCCCUUCUCAUCAUGUUUGUGACUCAGUGGGUCUAUACCCUGAUCAGCAUGGGUGUUGCUGCCAUUGUGUAUUUCUACAUUGGCCAAGCCAGUCCAGGGCUUCACCUUGGAUCAGCUUCCAACUUCAGUUUUUUCCAAUGGAUGAAGUCUCUUCUGAUCCCUUCCUGCAGGAGUGUGCGGCCCCCCCAGGAGCAGAUCAUCUUGGCACCGUCCCUGGCCAGGGUUGACAUGGAGAUGACUCAGCUCACCCAGGAGAACACAGACUUCGCAGCCCGGGACCGCUACCACCACUCCUCCUUCGUGAGUCAGGAACAGCUGAUGUCUCCUUUCUGAUGCUG